CGACGGGCUCGACCCGUAGGUUAUAUUAGUUCGGUUAAAGCCGUUGUCUCUCGAGGCAUGGUCGGUUAAAAACAGAAGACGGCGAUAAAACAAAUUUCACUUGCGAAAAACCCUAAUUUCCUCUGCUCCCUAUAGCAACUUUCGCGAUCAUCUUUUUCGUUAAUUUUCUCCUCCUCCCAUUUCAUUCAUAUAGUUGAAAUAUAUCGGAAUAUCAGAACAAUAUGGAUACAAAUGGAUUGUCACCCCAACCUCAAGAACCUGAUCAGGCUGGUCUUGAUGAACACAAUGAUUCCAAAUCCCAGCAUUAUUCUCGUGAUCGUGAAAGGGAAUCUUCAAGAAGUAGAGAAAUGGACAUAGAGAAAAGUCGAGAAAAGGAUCGGGAAAGAGACAAGGAAAGAGAUAGAGACAAGGAUAGGGAUAAGGAUAGGGAAAGGGAUAAAGGUAAAGAGAGGGAUAGAGAUCAAGAUAGGGAACGAGACAGAGACAAAGAGAGGUCUCGUGAUAGAGAUCGUGAUCAUCAUAGAGAUAGACACAGGGAUAGGAGUGAUAGAGGUGAUCACCAUCGUUAUCGAGAGGAAGAUGAUGACUACUAUAGAAGCAGAAGCAAAGAUCGUGACAGGCGGAGAGAUUACAGUCAUGAUAGAGAUGAGAGACGUAGACACAGAUCUCGUUCAAGGGGAAGAUCGGAGCAUAGGUCAAGGUCUCGAUCUCGUUCUCGCUCAAAGAGCAAAAGAAUAAGCGGGUUUGACAUGGCACCUCCUGCUUCUGCAAUGUUAACUACAGCUACAGCCUUUACAGGCCAGAUUCCUGGAACAGCUCCAGCAAUCCCUGGAAUGUUCCCAAACAUGUUACAGCUGACUCCUGGACAGCCAUUAGGAGCUAUUCCUGUUAUGCCUGUGCAGGCUAUGACUCAGCAGGCUACUCGGCAUGCUCGCCGAAUAUAUGUUGGUGGACUUCCUCCUACAGCAAACGAGCAGUCUGUGGCUACCUUUUUUAGCCAUGUUAUGGCUGCUAUUGGGGGAAAUACUGCUGGACCAGGUGAUGCCGUUGUAAAUGUUUAUAUAAAUCAUGAAAAGAAGUUUGCUUUUGUGGAGAUGAGGUCUGUGGAGGAAGCUAGCAAUGGUAUGGCAUUGGAUGGCAUCAUAUUUGAGGGUACACCAGUUAAGGUGAGAAGGCCAAGUGACUACAAUCCAUCUCUUGCUGCAACUCUUGGUCCCAGUCAACCCAGCCCAAAUCUGAAUCUUGCUGCUGUUGGACUAACACCAGGGUCAGCUGGCGGACUCGAGGGCCCUGAUCGUAUUUUUGUUGGUGGGCUACCUUACUACUUAACUGAAGCACAGAUUCGAGAGUUGCUAGAAUCUUUUGGACCCCUUCGAGGUUUUGAUCUGGUGAAGGACAGAGAAACUGGGAACUCUAAGGGCUAUGCUUUUUGUGUUUACAAUGAUCCCUCAGUCACUGAUGUAGCCUGUGCAGCUCUGAAUGGAAUUAAGAUGGGUGAUAAAACACUCACAGUUAGACGUGCUAAUCAAGGAACUGUGCAACCCAAGCCUGAGCAAGAGAUUGUCUUGCAGCAUGCUCAACAACAGAUAAUGUUGCAGAAGAUGAUGUUUCAACCUGGAGCACUUCCCACGAAUGUUGUAUGCUUAACUGAAGUGGUCACUGCGGAUGAUCUUAGAGAUGAUGAGGAGUAUCAAGAUAUAAUGGUUGACAUGCAAGAAGAGGCUGAAAAGUUUGGUUCUUUGGUGAAGGUUGUCAUCCCAAGACCAGGAUCAAACGGCGAACUUGGACCUGGAGUUGGAAAGGUGUUUUUGGAAUAUGCCGAUACAGAGAGUUCCUCUAGAGCACGAGCAGGAAUGAACGGAAGGAAAUUUGGUGGAAACCAGGUGGUCGCAGUGUUUUAUCCUGAAAAUAAAUUUGCUGAAGGUGCAUAUGAUGGGUAGAAAUCGCCUGUCCAUCCUGUCCUUACUAGUACCGUGUACUCUUAAUAGGAAAGUAGGCUCGUUGUAUAAUUUUUUCUCAUUAGAGUUGAGGACAUUCACGAUUUUGGGUACGUGACCUGUAGAUUGGAAAAUCGAUAAAUGUUUUAGUUUGCUAUUUUAUUUAACAUGUUUAUUAUUAAUCAUAGUACUAUAUUGUCUUUGA